AGACGAUGGCAAGAGGGCAUCACAGUCCGGUCAGUUCCAGUCACUUCCUAAAGCAAUUUUAAAAGAUGCACACGGAAUGAUGUCACAAGUGGAGAUGACGCGUGGGAAAAGAUGCCAAGCUCCUCCCGCCUUGCCAGCCCUCUGGACUUUUAACAACGACAUGAGAAGAAAAUCCAGCUAGGAAAGAUUUUCCCCUUGGAAUGUCUGGUUUCUCAAACCCGUUUAAGACACAACGGGAAAUACACCCGAGGCGAGAGCAAUGCAAGAAGGUUCUUUGUUUUCCCCCAAGCACUGACGCUAAAGUAGUUCUGUUCCCCCUGGCCCUAAUCACGUCGACGGGAGCUACGAACACCUCAAGAGUAGCGCUUCCCCCCGCUUCUCCACUUGUAGCAAACCCUCCCUCCUCCUGCUCCGCCUUGUCCUUUCCUCUCGCCUUGCUGAGGACCGGAAGUGAAUGCAGGGCAGCGGCAACCAGCCCAGCGCGGAGAGCCAGGGAAGCGGGAGAAGGGGGGUAGCAGCAGCGGCGCCGGGAUCGCCAGGAACUUUCUUCGCCACGAGAAAUGGCUGUGGUGGUUGCCAGGGCCUCGGGAUGGAGGCGCGCUGAGUGCUGCUGAACCUGUAUUUGAACAUUCUCAGGCUAGAGGCAACUUUGAAAAAGUGUCUGCUUAAUGGACAUCUGCUUUCACGAUAUGGCCCAGAUAGCUAACAGCAAUGAAUUCAAACAAAGUUUAUCAACGUCUGUGGACACAACAAGGGCCAAAGAAGUGGACAAAGAAGAAGCUUUGCAAAUGGAAGCAGAGGCUCUGGCUAAGAUGCAAAAAGAGAAAGUGGUAGCCUGUAAUAGACAAAGCUUUGACACUUUAAGCAGCUCUUGGCCAAGUGUACAGUCCUGCAGAAAACAGGAGUAUGAUCUAAUUGUGUUUCCGGAAUCUGAUGUCAAGAAAACAACAGGUGAUAAAUUAAACACCAUUGACAUAGAGAAAAUUACCCAUGCUGAGCUAGAGAAACUACUGCUGGAGGACAACAUUGAAGCCAGCAAACCACCUAUCUUGCCACCAACUCCUCUUAUUAGUCCAUCAUUCUCUUCACAAUUUUAUGCUAGCACUGCUGUUCAGUGGACAGCAGGGUUGCCUGGGCCUUCACCUUGCAGCGUACCUUCUAUUUACACUACACCUUCUUACGGUAAACAAGUUGGUGUCUUUCAGAAUGGCGUCCAUCCAGGUUUGUCCACCUACCAGUCUACAAAGCCUGUUUAUCUUGGUCUUCCAGAGAGGUCACAGUAUAUUUCAUACUCCUUGCCAGGUGCCACAACUUUCCAUCCGCAAGGAAAUUUGCCUGGAUAUAAUCCAACUCUUACACCUGAAAUGGCAAAAGUAUUUGACAAGAUAGCAAGCACGUCUGAAUUUCUAAAAACUGGGAGGUCAAGCACAGAGUUAGAGGUGACUGAUGCUAAAUCUACAGUUAGUUUGUCAACUUCUGAAAGCAUCAGUGAUAUUAGUAAAUUUGACUGGUUGGAUUUGGAUCCUUUAAGUAAACCUAAAGUAGACAGUGUUGAUAUUUUGUACACUGCAGAAGAUUCUGGAAAGCCAACUUGCAGUUUAGUUGUUGAAGAUCCCUGGGAUGCUGUUCUGCAGCAGGAGAAAUCCACAGGAAAAUGCCUUGUUGAAAGAAAAGUUAACGGGAAAUCUAUUUCUGGGGCUACAGUUACAAGAAGUCGGUCUUUAAACCUUCGAUCCGCUCAACUCGCUAAGGUACAGGGCCAGUCAUCACAGAUUGACAGUGGGACCACUAACCUACCAACGGGAAGUAAUUUUCUCAAAAAUGUUGAAGGGCAAAAUCAAGAACAAGCUGCUUUUUGUAACACAGUUGCAAAGUUGAGGACCAAGUUUCCUUAUACGGAUUAUGAGACAAACUCGGGCUUUGUCUUCAGUUCAGUCUUGUUGCAAAGAAACAUCAGUGGAGAGAAUGCUAGUAUAAAGAUUUCAAUAGAAAUCAAAGGUUUCCAGCAGCCAGUAACUUUUACAUGCGAUGCAAGUUCUCCAGUUGAGCUUAUAAUAAUGCAAGCACUUUGUUGGGUACACGAUGACUUGAAUGACAUAGACAUCGGCAGUUACAUACUGAAAGUUUGCGGAACAGAAGAAGUUUUGCAGAAUAAACACAGUAUAGGCAGCCAUGAAUACAUUCAGAACUGUCGAAAGUGGGACACGGAGAUUAAAUUGCAGCUCUUGACUCGAAGUCUAAUAUGCAGAGAUCUUGCACGAACAGAAGAUGAUGAUGAGACACCUAUAGAUUUAAGAAAGCAUCUCUACCAUGUAGAAAAGCUUUUCACAGAGAGUAUUCAAAGUCACUCUCUUGAAGAGCUGUUGGAAGCCUAUCAUAAUCAAGUUGACAUACUACUUAAAAGUGAGAAUCAACUUAAAGUGGUAGAACAGAUCAUUAAGUCAGUUAAAAAAAUUUGCUCUACAUUGGAUGGGGUAGAGACUCCUGCAAUUACAACGUCUGUAAAGAAGUUAAGAAGAACAGUUAAUCUUCCAAGGAGUAAAAGUCCUGAGGUGCCUUUGCCAUCUUCUGAUGAUACUAGCAAGGAUGCAAUAGCUUCAUCACAAACUGCAAACCCUCUGCAAACAAGUGUAGAUCAGCUGACUUCAGCAGUCUAUGCCCUUAUUCAACUUUACUUGAAUUCAUGCAGCAGUCCUGCAUGCACUCCAAAGAAUAGUACAAGCACUAAAGAUGCAUGGACCACCACAGAGCACCUCCAAUUCACAAUAUUUGCUGCUCAUGGAAUUCUCAGUGGCUGGGUCUCAACUUACGAAAAAUACUAUUUGGUUUGCUCUUUGACCCACAAUGGAAGAGAUCUGUUCAAACCUGUUCACUCCAAGAAAGUUGGCACAUACAAGAAUUUCUUUUAUUUGAUUAAAUGGGAUGAAUUAAUCAUUUUUCCAAUUCAGAUCUCUCAGUUGCCAUUAGAAUCUAUCUUGUGCAUUACACUCUUUGGAAUAUUAAAUCAAAAUGGUGGUAGUUCACCUGAUACAAAUAAGCAGAGAAAAGGUCCAGAUAUGUUGGGUCAAGUUUCCUUACCUCUCUUUGACUUUAAACAAAUGUUGACUUGUGGAACUAAACUUUUACACCUGUGGACAACUUCAACAAACAUUGUGCCUGGAAUGGCUCUUAAAAAAGGAAGUCUGAUGGAGAAAAUAGUAUUGCAGAUUGACUUCCCUUCUUUACCAUUUGAUGUUAUAUACAAGACUCCACAAGUUGCAAAUAGUUCCACAUGUUCAAUAGACACAUUAGAAAAAGAUUCAAGAGAGCGUCUUCUUUCCAUUUUUUCCAAAGAGGGUACUCUUAGGCUGCCUAGAAAGGAUAAAGCCUUUUUGUGGGAAAAGCGACAUUAUUGCCAUACAGAUGCAAACAGUCUUCCAAAGCUGUUAGCCAGUGCCCCAAACUGGGAUUGGACCAGUCUCCCUGAAAUAUAUUCUGUGCUUCAACAGUGGCCUCCCUUGCCGCCUCUGACUGCACUAGAAUUACUAGACAAGAAUUUUGCAGAUCAGGAAGUAAGAACAAGAGCUGUACAGUGGAUUGAGGCAAUAAAUGAUGAUGAACUUGUUGACUUUCUUCCCCAAUUUGUGCAGGCACUAAAAUAUGAAACCUAUCUGGACAGCGCUCUAGUCAGAUUCCUUUUGGCCCGAGCAUUAGGCAAUAUUCGAGUAGCACACUAUCUUUAUUGGUUACUAAAAGAUACCUUACGUGAUGUCAGAUAUGGUGUAAGGUAUGAGCAUAUCCUUGGUGCCUUCCUUUCAAUCUGUGGGAGAAAACUUAGAGAAGAGUUGGAAAAGCAGACAAGACUGGUACAGAUCCUGGGAAUGGUAGCAGAAAAAGUAAAGCAAACAAGUGGUUCUGCCAGACAGAUUGUCUUGCAAAGUGGAAUGGAACGUGUGCAGUCGUUCUUCUUAAAAAAUAAAUGCCGCUUGCCUCUUAGUCCAAGCCUUGUAGCAAAAGAACUGAAUGUCAAGGCAUGUUCCUACUUCAGUUCGAAUGCGGUGCCUCUUAAAGUUGCUUUGGUGAAUGCUGAUCCCUUGGGAGAAGAAAUUAAUGUUAUGUUUAAGGUUGGGGAAGAUCUGCGACAGGAUAUGUUGGCCUUACAAAUGAUAAAAAUCAUGGAUAAGAUCUGGUUACAGGAAGGACUUGACCUGCGGAUGGUUAUCUUCAAAUGUAUUUCAACUGGCAAGGACAGAGGAAUGGUGGAGCUUGUUCCAGCUUCAGAUACACUUAGGAAAAUUCAAGUGGAAUAUGGGGUGACUGGAUCCUUUAAAGACAAGCCACUUGCAGAAUGGCUAAGAAAAUACAACCCUACUGAAGAAGAAUACGAAAAGGCAUCUGAAAACUUCAUCUAUUCCUGUGCGGGAUGUUGUGUAGCCACAUAUGUUCUGGGUAUCUGUGACCGUCACAAUGACAAUAUAAUGCUUCGCAGCACAGGGCAUAUGUUUCAUAUUGAUUUUGGAAAGUUUUUGGGCCAUGCACAGAUGUUUGGAAGCUUCAAGAGGGACCGGGCUCCUUUUGUGCUUACAUCAGAUAUGGCCUAUGUCAUCAACGGGGGUGAAAAGCCUACUAUUCGUUUCCAGUUGUUUGUUGAUCUCUGCUGCCAAGCUUAUAACCUGAUCAGAAAACAAGCCAGCCUUUUUCUUAAUCUUCUGUCACUGAUGCUCUCUUCUGGAUUACCAGAACUUACUGGAAUGCAAGACUUGAAAUAUGUCCUGGAUGCUCUUCAGCCUCAAACUACAGAUGCAGAAGCUACGAUUUUCUUCACAAGGCUGAUUGAAUCAAGUUUGGGAAGUGUUGCCACGAAGUUUAAUUUCUUCAUUCACAACCUUGCUCAGCUCCGUUUUUCAGGUCUGCCUUCCAAUGACGAGCCCAUCCUCUCCUUUUCUCCUAAAACAUACUCACUUAAACAAGAUGGCCGUAUCAAGGAAGUGUCUGUGUUUACAUACCACAAGAGAUACAGUCCAGAUAAAUAUUAUAUCUAUGUCGUCAGAGUUUUAAGAGAGGGACAAGCUGAACCCACAUUCAUCUUUCGGACAUUUGAUGAAUUUCAGGAACUCCACAACAAGCUUGGCAUCCUGUUUCCUCUUUGGAAAUUACCAGGCUUUCCUAACAAGAUGGUUCUAGGAAGAACUCACAUAAAGGAUGUAGCAGCCAAGAGGAAAGUAGAGCUGAAUAGCUAUAUACAAAGUUUGAUGAAUACAUCAACUGAAGUGUCAGAGUGUGAUCUUGUUUAUACUUUCUUCCACCCCUUACUCCGUGAUGAAAAAGCUGAAGGAAUUGAUGGAAUAGCCAGGUGUACUGAUGCAUGUCCUUCAAGUCCCACCUCAGGCAAAGUAGGAGGAGAAGUUAAGCUGUCCAUCUCUUAUAGGAACAGCACUCUGUUUAUCAUGGUGAUGCACAUUAAAGAUCUGGUUACUGAUGAUGGCACAGAUCCAAAUCCAUAUGUGAAAACAUACCUCCUUCCAGAUAUACACAAAACAUCUAAGCGGAAAACCAAAAUAUCACGGAAAACAAGGAACCCUACAUUCAAUGAAAUGCUUGUGUACAGUGGAUAUAGCAAAGAAACAUUGAAGCAGAAGAUACUUCAGCUAAGUGUACUCAGUGCUGAAUCACUACGUGAGAACUUUUUCCUGGGUGGUAUCACUCUCUCCUUAAAGGAUUUUAACUUGAAUAAGGAGACUGUCAACUGGUAUCGGCUGACUGCUGUACCAUACUUGUGAGCUUGAAAAUCCAUAUAGAUGAAACUAAGAAUGGAUUUGAACAAACUUGACUCCACUGCUAUCUGGUCACUUUUCCUACUUGAAGAUAACUUGUACAUUUUAGCAUGAGACUGCAGCUCAUCAGAUUAUGGUGGACCAACCUUCAAAACUUUUAAACAGGACUUCUGGAAAAAUAGUUCUGCUUUAUGCUUUUUACUGUAAUGACAAAGCAUUGAUGUAAAUUAAUAAUGUACAUUUAAUAUUUGUUGAUAAUGAAUUCCUAAACCAUGACUAGAUGUCCCAAAUUAAGUCUGGGAGGAGGGUCUUUUUCAUUCAUUCAAAUCUGAAUUGCUUGCCUUUUGAUAUACAGCAAGCUGGUUUAUAUUUCUAGUGAUGCCAUACGCACCACCAUGUUGUAAAAAUACCAACAUAAAAAUUUGCUCUUUUUUCAGGGAAGUGUUAGUUGCUGCACAGUCAAAAGGGAAGGCUGGACAGGUGUGCGGAAACUUCCUUAUUGCCUGUAACACUAGGACCGCUUUAAGGCCAUUCUCAGAAUGAGUGCCAAUAAUGAAAGUUACAAAUUACAGUGCCUUAUUUUGUCAUUCAACUACUUCUUGAAUUUCACUUCUGAUAUUUGAAAACCAACAUCUUUUCCUAAUUCUUUUAAAAUGAAUUAGUGUUUCCUCGUGUGGCUCACUAUUUAAGUAUUGUAUUGAACAUUUUUCCUUUACUUGUUCAGCUUUCUAAAUCAAAUUCAAAUAAUGCCACACAUUUGAAUGGUUAUCCACUUUGCCUUGUGACUCCAUUCAUAUGCUUUUAAGUAGUACCUUAAUGACUUGCAAAUAUUUCAUGGAUGUACAUUCAAAUGACAUUGUUAUGGCUUGAUACUCAAACAUUUCCAGAACUAGAUAGAUUAUGAAUUACUGGGCAAGGUUUCUGAAUUCAAUUUACCAAUUGUUUCUCUAACAGUGCCUGAUAAAUCACUAUACUGUUAGUAGUGUGAUUAAAAAUUAACUUCAGAGAGCACAGGCCAUAAUAUCAGUUGCUGAUUAGAAAUAAGUUGCACUGGUGACUUUUGAUGAUGAAAUUGACAAACUGAUACCUUGAGCUAACUAGAUAUAUUUUUCAGGAGCACUAAAGAUAAUCUGCCAAGCACUUUAUUCAUUUCAGCUGAACUGGCUUUCCUUUACUGAAAUGAAUGAAAGAUGCACAUGCCCUGAAUGGAUCAUACCCUAAGUCACUGACUAACUUGAUCUGAAAAUUUACAUUGUGUGACAUAUGAGGGUAGAUUGUAUGUAAAUGCUAUUUAGUAUCUCCUAUAAAAAUUAUCUGAUGUAAACGAGAGCUUAAAUGCACAGUAUGUUAAUGCUAAAGCCCAAAUACUUUUUAGUAAAGGUAACAGGCAACACAUCUCUACGACAAUGAAUUUAAGACAAUAUAUGCAAUGACCAAUGAAAAUACGGGAGACAGUGACAAUCUUUGUUUUAGCUGCCCAAAAAUAAAAUAUGCUCUACUUUAUUUUCUCUAGUUACCAGCCAGUGCUGCAAGCCUAAUAGAGCAAAAUACAAGCAUGUGAAUUUUUGGUGCCUAAAACAUCCAUGGUCCAACUGUAUACAACAAAACCUUGGGAUGUCUCCCUGAAUAUUAAAACCACCACUGUGGCUAAAAAAAAAAAGCUGCUUAAAAAAACCCCAAAUUCUAUUAAUAAGUAUUUUCAUUAUGUAAAUAGUAUAGAGUACAUAAACUUAGAUUGUAUUUCCUGAUCACUUGAUGCUUUUUUGAGACUCAUUCCAUUUUACCCACAGAAUCAUAAGUAAUUUAAACAGGAAAAUAGACUACUGUUUUUGUGAAACGUUCCAUUCAAGUAAUUGAAAGCAAUGUGCACUGCUUUUUUUGCAGUCUGUUACUAGAGCACAGUAACUUGCAGCACAAAACAAGAGGUUUAAAGGGUUAUUUUCAUAACAUUUGUUUGCUACUGCUCGUGUGCUGUACUUCUUUUGAUAGCUUUUGUCAGUGUCUUUCAUAGCUCAAGCCUCGGCCUUUGCCCACCUUCACUACUUUUCGCAUGACAUACAUAUCGGGUUAAGUUAUUUGGACACAUUUUUUUAAAAAAAUCAUCGUUCUCAUAAAAAAUUGUAGAGAAACAUUAAGUUUUUGUCUUCUUGAACUAUUUGUGGUAGUGUUGGUCUAAAACAGAUGGUUCUCCCAUUUACAAAAUAUGUUCCACAUUUUAAAGCUGACUGUGGGGAAGGACAUGAUGACAGUUAACACUUUACUGAUUGUUUUAAUGGGGUGGUAUCAUGACACUUUUAUACUUUGUUUAAUCAAAUAAACUCUUAUGCAACAUACAUGGACUGCAUUCAGAAAUAAUGUAUCUAUUUACACUUUUUUAUUUUUGAGGAAAGCAUCUUCCUGCAAGAAAAAUGACCACAGUGUCUGUACUAAAUAUCCUGGUUAAGACUUUGCACUGAAGUUUUUUUAUUACUGCCUUUUUAUGAUCUACACACACACAAAAGCACGAGUGAUCUUUGAUACUUCUCUAUUUUUAACAUUAAAAUUGUGUUGAAAUAUUAGUAUCUUGCCUUAAAACCAACUGUUAUUUCUAGUGUUCAGUACAGUGUUCGGAUAGAACAUUAUUGCAGGAUAUGGCAGCAGUCCAGUGGAGUGUUAUGAUGGUGGGCUGAAGCAUGCUUAAGUCUGUGUUGGAUUGUAGCCUCUGCAUGUUAUUGCAUAAAGGAACAUUUUUCAGGCAAUAUUGUACCAUUAUAACACAUAGGAAUUUUUCCUCCUAUGCUUUGUACUCUCAUACUGUGACUAAAACUACAGCAAAGGUUUAUACAUAAUGCAGUCUAUUGGGAACAGUUUGCCCUGAAUUGUCUAUUUAUCUCUAAGAACCAAAUAUUUCAGUUAUAUUACACUGAUUGAUAAUAAAGAUGUAUAGUAUUUCUAUUCACAUCCUAACCCAUGAUAUAUGGGUUAAUGUGACUCCAUAACUGGCAUUCAAUUACAUUAAACACUAUUCUGGAAUAAA